UUACAGCUAUUAUUUCAAUCAUGUCAUAUCUAGAUAAUAUAUUUUCGCACAUUGACAAAAACCAAGAUUUGUAUGUCAAACGUUUAGCUGAUGCUGUAGCUAUAAAAAGUGUAUCAACAUGGCCUGAAACACGAACGGAAGUUGUCAAAAUGAUAGAAGUUGUUUCUGAACAGAUUAAAAAAUUAGGAGGAAAUGCAGAGCUUGUUGACAUUGGGGUGCAAACUUUGCCUGAUGGUUCCAAAAUUCCUUUGCCUCCAGUUUUAUUCGGAAAUCUAGGGAGUGAUUCGAAAAAGAAAACAGUAUGCAUCUAUGGUCAUCUUGAUGUUCAACCAGCAAAGAAAGAUGAUGGAUGGGACACAGAACCUUUUGUUUUAACAGAAAUCGACGGAAAGAUGUUUGGCCGAGGUUCCACUGAUGACAAAGGGCCUGUUUUGUGUUGGCUUAAUUGCAUUGAAGCUUAUCAAGCAUUGAAACAAGAUAUUCCAAUCAACAUUAAGUUCUGCUUUGAAGGAAUGGAGGAAUCUGGAUCGGAAGGUCUUGAUGAAUUAAUAGAAUCACAAAAAGAUAUCUUCUUCAAAGAUGUAGAUUAUAUUUGCAUCUCUGAUAAUUACUGGCUUGGAAAAAAGAAGCCAUGCAUCACAUACGGCUUGAGAGGUUGUUGUUACUUUGCAUGUGAGGUGGCAUGUGCGAAGAAAGAUCUCCAUUCUGGUGUUUUUGGUGGAAGCGUACAAGAAGCCAUGGCUGAUCUCAUUGCAAUAAUGGAUUCUCUCACUGACUCACAGGGAAAUAUUUUGAUACCUGGAAUUAAUGAACAGGUAGCCCCUGUUACAGAAGCUGAACGACGUCUUUAUGAGACUAUAGAUUUCGAUCCUGAUGUCUAUCGCAGAGACAUUGGUACAGAAAAGCUUCGAUUUACAAACAAAGAAGAUAUUCUUAUGAAAAGAUGGCGGUAUCCAUCACUGUCUUUACAUGGGAUAGAAGGUGCGUUUGAUGGUGCUGGUGCGAAAACUGUGAUACCAAGAAAAGUUAUUGGGAAAUUUUCAGUUCGAAUAGUGCCAAAUCAAACACAGGAACAAGUUGAGAAAGAUGUUAUUAAGCACCUUAAACAGGUAUUUGCGGAACGAAACAGCUCAAACAAGCUCAAUGCAUAUAUGAUACAUGGAGGAAAACAUUGGCUGGCUGAUGUUGACCAUCCACAAUAUAUAGCAGGCAGGAAAGCCGUGAAAAGAGUUUUUGGAACCGAACCAGAUCUAACGCGAGAUGGAUGUAGUAUUCCCGUUACCUUGACAUUUCAAGAACAAACAGGAAAAAAUGUCAUGCUAUUGCCCAUUGGUGCAUGUGAUGAUGGAGCACACUCACAGAAUGAAAAACUUGAUAGAUUGAAUUAUAUAAACGGAACGAAGUUGGUUGCAGCUUACUUCCACGAAGUUGGAAUGAUAUGAGUGUUUGUUGAUAAUACUCUACAAAACUACAUCAAUUUAAUUAUUCACCAGCAGACAGCAAACAAUAAAAUGAUCUUUCCUAUGCGAAUUAAUUUAUGUAAUGCUGUUUACAUCCUCAAUAUUUUUGUAGAAUUCUGCAUUAACUAUCAGUAAUUAGUAUAAUUUUUGUGCAAUAUUUUACCUAAAAUAGUCAAAAAUGAAUUUUCUUCCUAAUAUAUUAAUCCUCUCAUUUCACCUUUAUAAAUAUGUCAUCGGAUUUAAAAUGUGUGGAACACAAUUCAAAUUUUUUGAGAUCGAAUCAUAAAAAGCAAUACUAAUUAAUAGAAUGUAGUAUUUGACAUUAUAACUUGUUUCUUUGCAUUUCACAUUUUCACAAAUGUCAUAAAAAUUUUGAAUUGUAAUUGUCUCACAAAUUUAUGCAUCUGACUUUCCAGAAUUUGAGUCAAAUCAUAUUUCAGAUGUAAGGUUUAUUCAAAAUUACAAACGAGCAAUAGAUAAAAUGAAGACUUGUGACCCCGAUCAUUCACGUGGAACUAGAUUACGGUAACGAGCGUGGGUGAAAGUGAAAUUCUUUAGUAUAUAUUAGUGUUACUGUUGCCCAACCCUAGUGUUAGUUAUUUUUAAAAUAAAGAGCUUCAAUAUUUCUGUCUUGCUUUAAAAAACUAUUAUCAGUGGACGAGUAUAUAUAUUACAGAAAUUGUUUUUUAAAAAUACAAUGGAAACGAUGCAGAAUUUCUUUCAAUAGUUAUUUUCAUCCCAAGAAGUUAUACUGUAACAAUUUAAUUAUCCAUAUUUUCAUCUUCAG